GUGCUGGCACUGCAGCUGUUAAGCAGAUCUCUACUUGUGCCUGCUAUAAUCCAUCCAGUGCCCCUGGGCUGAGACAACCAGAACUGUCUCCAGGCAUUCAUAUGAGGAGAGGAGGCUUGAUACAUUUAAGAACCACCACCUCUAGAGUGUUCACUGCAUAUCAAACCCGAUCGACAAACAUUUACACACCUGUAAAUAUUUGGGGAGUGACUGUUCUAACUGGUGCUGGGUGCACAUGCCUCCAAGUGCUGAGACAGAUAAGCAAGGUCUCCAGGGCUAGCCAUCCCAGUGGGUGGGAGUAGACAGCCAUACAAGGGCACAACCAAGCUGUGGGCACUUACAGCACUCCCUGCGUUGGCCGACCUGUGGCAGGAGGGGAUGUUCUAAGAGGAAGUUCUAGGUAGACAGAAGGACAGCAUCCUGGGGAGGGUACCCUCACCCUGUGUGGCCUUGAACAGGAUCUUGCCUCUCUCUCUGAGCCACAGACUCUUUUUAGCCAAAAGAGAGGAUUUCCAGUGAAAAAGAGGCCAGCUCAGGAUGCUAGACAGUCAGGCAAGGGAGGUCAUAGAGGGACUGGCUCUGGAAGUAGAGUCUAUGGGCCACGGGCUAGUCUAUGAUUACUGCUUUGGUCCAGGCAUGAUGGGGCAUGGGAUGGUUCCCUGAGGCUAGAGGGGAAUACUUUCCACUUUCCUGUGUCAUAAGUGCCAGGAACCUUUAGGGUGAAGGAGUAAUCAGGGAUCUUUCAGCAAGGAUGAGAGAUCAUCAGAGAGCAGAACAAUGUCCCUGGUUGUGGGCAAGUGGAUGGUGACCAUGGCCAGCAUUUCUAACCGCUGGCACCUUGCUAGCACAAUGGUGUGCCCAGCAGUGUCACCAAGAGAGCCUGGCAGAAGGAUUGUGAAUGUAGGUGAGCCUCAAAAAAACAAAACAAAAUAACAACAACAAAAACACCACCACCACCACCAACAACAAAAAAAACAGAGACCACAAAUCACCCCAAAGCCAAGAGCAGCAGGAAGCACUGGACCCUGUGAUCUGUGAUCAGAGCUGCCUGUGGAAGAGCAACCAAUAAGAUCUGUGGGUGGCCUCUGCUAUAGAGAGGCAGCUGCUGCCACAACAACCCAUCAGUGAUGCUGCCACAGGGAAUGUUGGCCUGUCCGCUAUCCCUCCCUGCUUUGUUCUGGCUCCUUAAGUCCCAUACCUAAGAGAGGCAACCUCAGAAGAGCAUCUAUUUAGUGGCACCUUCUAGCAGCCAGUCAUUGUCAUUUGAAGCAGUCAACUGCUACUACUGUCUGCUGCCGUUCAACCCAGGCCUGUCUCCUCAAGGGGCACAGGCCCCAGAAAGGCAAUACUGUCUUGAUGUGGAGCACUGGGGCCCUAAAGUUGCACCUUUGUCUUUGGCCAAAUGGUUAGGGGCCUAGAGAAGCUUUCAGGAAAGUAAUGUUUCAGAACUGGUCUCACUUCCCCGAGGAAGGCAGGAGCAGUUAUGGGUGUGCCUUAGGAUUUCCAGCCCUUGUUCUGUGGGUGCCUAAGAAAGGGCUUCUAGCAAAGACAGCGCAGCCCCACCCUGGGAAGGCAGUGCCCUCCAGAGCCAGAAAGAAGGACAACAGCAGGCAGUGGGAGGGGUGCUGUGAGAGAUCAGAUUGGAAUGGGCUGGGCCUUGGGCUUCCACUGGCUCCAGGGGACCUGUCACUGUUGACUGUGGGUAGCAGAGCCUCCCCUACUAGCUGAGACCAUAUAAAGCCUCCGGAGGCACACUCCCAGGUGCUCACUACAACCAUGAAGACCGUCUUCUUUCUCCUGCUGGCCACCUACUUAGCCCUGCAUCCAGGUGCCGCUUUGCAGUGCUAUUCAUGCCAAGCACAGAUGAACAACAGAGACUGUCUGAAAGUACAGAACUGCAGCCUGGGCCAGAACAGCUGCUUUACAUCGCGCAUCCGGGCCAUUGGACUUGUGACAGUUAUCAGUAAGGGCUGCAGCUCAAAGUGUGAGGAUGACUCGGAGAACUACUAUUUGGGCAAGAAGAACAUCACGUGCUGCUACUCUGACCUGUGCAAUGUCAACGGGGCCCACACCCUGAAGCCACCCACCACCCUGGGGCUGCUUACCAUGCUCUGCAGCCUGUUGCUGUGGGGCUCCAGCCGUCUGUAGGCUCUAGGAGAGCCCUACCAUAGCCCGAUUGUGCAGGGAUGAGCUGCNCCCCCCCCCCACAGGAGCAACCACCACCACCGCUCUUAACUCCCACAUAGGGCUGGCCUCCCUCCCCCCAACUCCUUCCGCCAGGGCCCUUUCUCCUCUCUGCUGCUAUUUCCACAGCUAGCGUUUUGCCCAACCCACCCCAUCAGCACUGUGCCCUACCAAGUUCUGAUCAGAUGCUUCAGCUGAAGGACUCCCUCACCACCCUACUGUCCAGGGCCUGAGCCAGUGUGCACAGCAGCACUUGGGGAGGGGCCUGGUAGAGGCGGAGAUGGGAUGGACUGAGCAGAAAUGGAGCUGGGAGGUGGGUGUGAGGCACCAGGAGUCCCAGGAGAUGAUGCCUGGUGGGGGACAUGCUCUGCGUUUAUAGAGCCCCAGGAUAUAACAGUCGUAUAAUAAAUACCUGCUGGGUAA